GACUUUUAUUAAACUACUCAUCGCUCUAAAGGUUCUGGCUUCGUAAACAAAUGCAGCUUCAUGUCAUUACUAGACAAAACCUGCCAAUACUUGAAAAUGACCAGCUGUUGCUCUGUUUCAAGUGUCUUCCAACAACAGGACCAGCUUUCUGCCCUGGAUUAAUCACUUCAUUCUGAUUUGUCGUACAUUAUGGUUCACAUCCAUAUAUUGAAAAAAUCAAUGUGUGUACUCUUGCUAGUACUCGUGCUUCUGACAAUUUGCUUGUGGAAUGAAACAAGAAAGAAUUACUAUGUUCCCUUCAAAACAGAAAGUGAAAGCUUUCCGAUGCCUGGGGCUCUGGAAAAAUUCAAUAGACUUAAGUCACGAAGUCUUUCAAAUGAUGCUGUCCACGAGAAGGACCCAACACCUGACAUCUUGCUAGACAACCUGAAUAAAGUAGAAGGGAACGUCUUGGAAAAGGAUAAAGGAAAUGAUGCAAUGGCCAAGCUCAAGACUCCAGCGAGCUCUGUGAAGGUCUGGAAUGAGAACAGUUCAUCAAAGAAUCUCAUACCUAGGCUGCAAAAGGUCAGAAAUAAUUACCUCUCCAUGAACAAGUAUAAUGUGACUUAUCGUGGGAAAAGGAAUGCUGUUAAAAUCAAUUCAGAGAAGCUGCUGUGCCAGCUCCGGGACAAAGUGAAUGUGACCAUGAUACAAGGGUUGGAUGGUCCGUUCAGUACCUCUGAAUGGCAUAACUACCUACCAAGAAAAAAACUCAGUGAAGCAACGGGCCGCUUGGGUCAUUGUGCCGUUGUGUCCUCAGCAGGAUCUUUGAAGUCCUCACGCUUGGGGCCAGAAAUAGAUGGCCAUGAUGCAGUUUUGAGAUUUAAUGGGGCCCCUACCAAAGGGUUUCAGCAGGAUGUAGGAGAAAAGACAACCAUUCGUCUUGUUAACUCCCAGCUUGUGACUGUUGAGGAGCACAACUUCCUUACAGAAAGCUUAUACAAUACUGGGAUUUUAAUUGUCUGGGAUCCAGCACCAUACCAUGCAGAAAUUCAUGAGUGGUAUAGAAAACUCGACUACAAUUUUUUGGAAACCUAUAAGAAGUAUCGCAGUCAGCAUCCUGAGCAACUCUUUUAUAUACUGAACCCAAAGAUGGAAUGGGAGCUCUGGGAUAUUCUGCAAGAGAACUCCUUGGAGGACAUCCAGCCUAAUCCACCUUCUUCGGGAAUGCUUGGUAUUAUAAUUAUGAUGUCUAUUUGUGAUGAAGUGAAUGUUUAUGAAUUCAUCCCUUCUAAACGACAGACUGACAUUUGCCACUACUACCAGAAGUUCCAUGACCGUGCGUGUACCAUGGGGGCCUAUCACCCACUGAUGUUUGAGAAAAACUUGGUGAAGUACCUAAAUCGAGGCACAGACUAUAACAUUUAUGCUCAUGGGAAAGUAACUUUACCUGGCUUCAGAAAUUUGCCUUGUUAGCAGCUCAGUUGCUACUGUGAAUAGCAGUAAACUUUUAAACUUCAAGGCACUUUUAUAAGGAUUGUCAGGAUUGCUAGGCCUAUACACACUGCUGCAUCUUGAUAGCUUUUUCCGUGUUACAAGAUGUUGCUUGAAGGACAGUUGUCACAUAACUUCUGCAGCCUGUGUGGUGAUGCAGUGCACCAUAUGAUUUCUAGCAUGGAUUUACUAUAAUCCAGUACCUAAAUUACUGUGUGCAGGCCACUGAAAUUAGAUAGAUAACUGCACUGGCAUUUAGGGCACAGAUUGCACAACAGAUCAAGCACCUUCAUCUGUGUUGGACUCUAGAGCUAUUUUCUCCCCUGGUGCAGUGUAAACCAGUGGCAGAGUUCUGGCACAACACACAGGGCCAAGUUCUCAUGUCUGUCUGUUGAAGUUUGUGAAGCUGGGUCAGAAGAAAAUCUGGCCCUUUUGAAAAGAUUUAAAAACAGUAAGAACAAAAAAACUUAAUCCCAUAAUCCUGGAAUUCUUGCAGCCAGACCUAUGGUAUGGAACUGUUGUCAAGGAUGCAGGCUGAACAUUAUGUUUUUGUUUCAACACCAGUUAACACCUGUUGUUCACAUUGUAGUCUAAAACUGUAGCAUUUUAUUUUAAUUCUUGAAGUUCUGAAAUUAUGAAGAGGACUGUGACACAUCAAUGUAGAGAUGAUCGGUGUUGAUUCACUGGAAAGUGAUUUUUUUUUUUAAAUUUUUACUUAAAACAAUAAAGUCUUGAUUUUUAUUUGUUAUUUUAACAAAUGUUAAUGUUUUGUGAAUGCUCAUUCUCUUCUAUUUCACAUAGUAUCCUGUUAAGUACAGAGGAUGCUUUAUUUCCAAAGCAUUUUAGGGAAGAUUUUUCAAAGGCAAUUUGAAACUCAGUGUGAAUAUGUACCCUUUGCAUGUUCCCCUUUUGUAAUUUAGGGCAAUAAUACUUGAAGACAGCCACAGUCAAUGCACAUUCAGUGUCAUGAAGCUGCUAGCCAGCUGAGUAUCUCUUAUCUCUUCCUGGUUUAUCAGCUCUUCCAAUUGACCUCUGUUAGAUAUUUCUUAUACUUUAAACAUGCUCACGCUUUCUCUCGUCUACUUCCCAUGUGCACUGGAAAAGAGCACAUUGAGUGACUUGUGGAGAUGGAGCCCUUUUGCUGAUCCCAGCUUCUGUGUCCUGAAAGUCGGUACAGAAAAGGAGUGGACAGAGCCCUGAUCCCACAUACUCCCUGUUGUUUGAAAUGACUUGUUUCUGGAGUAGCCUGUCUGAGGACCUUAAUUCAAGGACUUUAGAUUUCCUUGGUCUGGGCAUAAGGUCUUUUCUCUUUUCCCUGCUAAUAAGAAAAUGUGCUACACAAUAGCUGUAGAAGGCUGUAGAAUGCACAUUGCUGUUGUUUUGAAUAAACACUUGUGAAUUCAUUGGCUUAUUCUUCGUAAAAUGAUAAAUUCUCAUUUAAGCAUAAAUUUAGUAUUCAGCUAAAUUGCUCCAUAUUUAUACCAGGAUAAAUAAAAUCAGAAUUGAGGUUAAUCAUGCUUUUUGCAGUUCUGGCUGUGUUUGGGUAGAACAUUAAGAGAUGGCUCAUCGCCCAUUUGUUUAGCUGAACAGAAAGCAGCCAUGAAGCUAUUAUUGUUAAUUGUGUAGCUGCAUUUCAAACAAGCUCCAAACUUGGAGAACAUUGAGUUUUUCUGAAUGCUGAUCAUUUGAAAUAGUCUGAAAAAACACUGAAGGUGAUGUACAAUUUGUAAUAAAGUUUGCUUUUUUAAAAUUG